AUGGUGCACUUGCAAGCACAAACGAGCUUACCCAUGUCGGAAGAAGCCGCCGAGUCUCCUCCGCAUCCACCGUCGAAUGCCGAACAAAGCCAACCCCCUGGCAGCUCCGAUAAUGGCGAGGACCGCCCAUUCAAGCCGGAAACGACGGAGGAUGCACCAUCCACGGCUGAUCCUGACCGUGUCAUUUGUGAGGGUUGUGAGAACGAUGGUGAAAAAUACUGCGGUAAAUGUCGCCAGAUUCUCUGCACAGAGUGUUGGGCCGGAUUGCCGUUGCAUCGUCGGAACGACCCUCGUCAUCCAGUUAUCCCAUAUGAGCAAUACAAGCUAUUCAAGGAUGCAAUAGACCCAUCCUGGACAGAAGAGCAGUGGAUGCAUCACCACAAGCAAGACUUAUUCACUCUCUGGUUCUCCAUUGACCGACAGCAGGAUGGUAAACUUGGGCUUGAGGAGUAUCCUCGACUCAAACAGCUCGCUGUACAACAUCGACGCGAACUAUCCUUCCAGUCAGAAUGUUACGCGCAGCUUGCAUCCUUCAUCGGCGACACCCGUGCGGGCAAGAGCACACUGAUUCGCUCGUUGAUGCAGCGACCAUGGGACAUUGAGAGUCUCAAGUCGAUAGCAGCAUCUUCUGUCAUGCUACCGAUCGUUGGUCGCGACGUCUCGCAACCGACUUCGGGAGAUGUGCAUCUUUACAAGGCACCACAUGUGGACGCUACCCAACCCUGGAUGCUCCUUCUCUAUGCUGACAGCGAGGGCUUCUACGACGGCAGCCAACCAUCAGCGGCAAAGGUGGCCAAGGACAGUGUAUCCGCCCAACUUUCCAGGGCGAAAGCCGACAAGAAACCCGAGCAUGCGGACUGGAUGGAGGAGCUCUUCUCAUUUUUCAACCCCGGAUCUAAAAGACCCCUGAGCUCCUGGGGCAACAGGCAAAAUGCAGUAAAGGAAUUAUUCCCGCGCCUUCUGUACAACUUCUCCGAUGUCAUCGUAUACGCCAUGCCGUCCUCGGCAACACAAAAAAUCGAGGCCGCCCUGGUAAAGCUCGUCGAAUGGGCGCAGAACUCGCGAGAGACCGCCGUGAAUCGAGUUGUCCUACCGCACCUCAUCGUCGUGCUCAAUCGGUCCCCAGCCAUUUCGUCUGAUUGGGAUCCCGCCGAAACCACGAAGAGGAUUCUCACGCAGCAUAAAUCAGCUGCCGAGAGCAACCGGGUCCUGAGAACGUAUCGCCGACUCUUCAGUCAAUUCAUCCGAGUCCCGGAGACGGCGAACCCGACCUUGUUCUCGCAUCAGUUACAGCGUCUGGACUUGAUGAUCAAAGAUGCCGCAUGCGACGCCGAGAAAACGAAGACGAAAGCCAAUUUCCUGCUGCCGACAAGCAUUCACAACCGAAUGGUUUCGAUGGCUUUCGACCACUACAAGGACCGCGAAGAUCAGCCCUUUGAUUUCCUGGAGAGCCUAUUCCUGCACAACCCGUUGAAGGAAGGUCUCUCGAGGGGUUUCUUUGAGCUGCUCAAGGCAGCCGAAAAAGCCAACAGGAUGUCCGCAGCCGACAUCCCGUUAUCUGGGCUAGACUUCUGCUCCGCUAUCACUCCUGUUAUUUGCUCGACAGUUGCUAUCGACGCUUGCCGGUCAAGCACCAAGUAUCCUGGUCGACUUCAAGAUAUCUAUAAGGGCAGUACCAUGGAUUUUCUACACGCCAACCUCCACGCGGGUGGUGCGUCUAAAACGGCGGUGACGUAUCAGAAGCAGGUUGCAGAGGCCGUUGACAGCCUUUUCGAUCGCGUUUGCGAGUGCGAUUUUAUCGGCCCGAAGGGACAGAGAUGCAUCACCGCCCGCCUGGCGCAUGACAACACGUACCUGCACCAGGACAAGGCCGGUAAAGUCUUCUCCUACGGCACGUUCCAGUCCGAAUUUGUCGACCAGUUGAUGAUGCGCUGGAACGACGAGAUUGACGAGUCCAUGCAGAUGCUCGACGAGAUGCAAAGCGCAUCAAAUGCUGUCUUGAAACCGGGACGGGAAUCAGAGAGCGAAGCCCGGUACAUGGUGUUUUGGGCAGCGCACUGCGCUAACCUUCGAGAGCUUUACAGCGUCAUCCCCGGACUGGAGGUGCGCAGCAUCGAAGCUUGUUCCUGGUGCCUGCGGGGCGACACAUCUCUCUGGCCUCUCAGCUGCGGACAUAAGGUGUGCUGGCAGUGUGCCCGAUUGCUGGGAGACCCUGUGGCCGGCGUUACCGAAGGAGAAGUGGUUGGCAUCCGAGGCUGUGAUCUCCAUCGAGAUGAACAACGCUUUGAGGCGUGUGAAUAUAUCGCGAGGGGAAAGGGUGGAGGGGCCAUACCGAGAGACCCAGCACGAGAGAAGAAACGAAAGAGAUAA